GAGUCUUGCUCCGUUGCUCAGGCUGGAGUGCAGUGGUGCAAUCUCAGCUCACUGCAACCUCCAUCUCCCGGGUUCAAGUCAUUCUCCUGCCUCAGCCUCCCAGGUAGCUGAGACUACAGGCGCCCACCCCCAUGCCCAGCUAAUUUUUGUAUUUUAGUAGAGAUAGGAUUUUGCCAUGUUGGCCAGGCUGGUCUUGAACUUCUGACUUCAGGUGAUCCACCCUCCUUGGCCCUCCAAAGUGCUAGGAUUACAGGUGUGAACUACCACGCCCGGCCUGGGUCCUUCUCUCUUAUUCUUCCUCACACAUACUGGGCACUCCAACCCUCCAUUCCCUUUUCCCAUUUUCUUUUUUCCCAAGUCAGGAUACUGGAGCCUUGGUAGCUUCCAAUCCCCAUUGGCACUGCUCAGUUUUCUGUUCUCAUCUUGCUGCCUUUCCAUGACUUGACCUAUCCACUGGAAUUUAACUGUAAAGGUUGCGAUUUUAAAGGGAUGAUCUAGUCAUUGGAUGGAUGUUUUGUUCAAAUGCCGCCUAUAAGAUUGGGCUAUAGGCAAAAGCUUUUUUAGAAUUUGGAGCCACCUAAAUGAAGGAAAUUUGGACUCAAGAAUCUCGUGAAUUUGGUUAUUUUCCUCAAGAAACUACGUCUUGCAAUUUUUUAAAAAAACUCUAUUUAGUAAUUUUUUAAAAGGAGCAGUAGUAAGGUUUUUGUGUAUGUGUAAUUACCCAAGCAAUACAAGUUCGUUGAAGAAAAAUUAGAGUGUCGCAAAGAAUCCCUUGUAAUCUAGUCAUGUAGAAUGUAAUCAUUGUUACUAUUUUGAUGUUGUCUUUCUGCUAUGUUGUUCUAGCUACAGAAAUAUUUAAAAUCAUAAGUUGGGUUUUUAUCACAACUUAAAUCAAUUUGAAGAAUAUCUAUUGAGCUUUGCUGCUGUUUACCAAAUUAUCAUUCUGUUGUGUUACUUUGAUGGCAGGCAUUUAGAGCCACCAAUACCUUGAAGUUUGAUCUUAGGCCCCAUUCUUCAGCUUUCACUUCUUAAAAAUGUUUCCUCUUUAAGCAAACACCUUAAAGAGAAAAUUUAUACUUAGAUACUAACUCCUUUUAGGAUCUGAAAAAUGCUCACAACAAUGAAGAUAAGCUUAGAACGGGAAAAUUGGCAAUCAUUCACCCACACCUCCCUCCAGAAAUGGCAUUCCAAAACGCCCAGCCCACAUUUCUUUGCCUAUAGGAAUUUUGCUCUUUUACAUCUGGCUAUGAUACUUAAGAGCGCCCUCUAUAGGCUGAUGCACUGCACUCUGGAUUACGCGUGGCCCCAUCCUGAAGGGAAGCAUUAAGACCAAGCAGGGCUGGAUGAACCUGUGUGUUCUCUCUCCUGAGCAUUCAUCAUUUCCAAGGACUACCGACCAGACUCCCGGAAAUCAUGUUGGUAGGAUCCCAGUCUUUUUCGCCUGGAGGGCCCAAUGGGAUCAUUAGAAGCCAGUCCUUCGCGGGUUUCAGCGGCCUCCAGGAAAGGCGAUCCAGGUGUAACUCCUUUAUUGAAAAUUCCUCCGCUCUCAAGAAGCCUCAGGCCAAACUGAAGAAAAUGCACAAUUUAGGACACAAAAACAACAAUCCCCCCAAAGAGCCUCAACCUAAAAGGGUGGAAGAAGUCUACAGGGCCUUGAAAAAUGGACUUGAUGAAUAUCUGGAGGUUCACCAGACGGAGCUGGACAAGUUGACAGCUCAGUUAAAAGAUAUGAAAAGAAACUCUCGCCUGGGUGUGCUGUAUGACCUAGACAAGCAAAUUAAAACAAUUGAAAGAUACAUGAGACGCCUGGAGUUUCACAUAAGUAAGGUAGAUGAACUCUAUGAAGCUUAUUGUAUCCAGCGACGCCUCCAGGAUGGUGCCAGCAAAAUGAAGCAAGCCUUCGCAACAUCCCCUGCCAGCAAAGCUGCCCGGGAGAGUCUGACAGAGAUCAAUCGGAGCUACAAGGAGUACACAGAGAAUAUGUGCACCAUUGAAGCGGAGCUAGAGAAUCUGCUGGGAGAAUUCUCCAUCAAGAUGAAAGGUCUGGCUGGCUUUGCACGCCUCUGUCCUGGAGAUCAAUAUGAAAUUUUCAUGAAGUAUGGCCGGCAGCGGUGGAAACUGAAAGGCAAAAUAGAAGUAAAUGGCAAGCAGAGCUGGGAUGGAGAAGAAACAGUUUUUCUGCCCCUGAUAGUUGGGUUCAUCUCCAUCAAGGUCACGGAGCUCAAAGGGCUAGCAACUCACAUCCUGGUAGGUAGUGUGACCUGUGAGACCAAAGAGCUGUUUGCAGCCCGACCUCAGGUAGUGGCUGUCGACAUCAAUGACCUUGGCACCAUCAAACUGAACCUGGAAAUCACCUGGUAUCCAUUUGAUGUGGAGGAUAUGACCGCUUCCUCAGGCGCUGGGAACAAGGCGGCAGCCCUUCAGAGGAGAAUGUCCAUGUACAGCCAGGGUACCCCGGAAACGCCCACCUUCAAAGACCACUCCUUCUUUUCGAAUCUACCUGAUGACAUCUUUGAAAAUGGAAAGGCAGCCGAGGAGAAAAUGCCACUGUCACUCAGCUUCAGUGACCUGCCCAACGGGGACUGCACCCUCACCUCGCACUCAACAGGCUCCCCUUCCAACUCAACAAAUCCAGAAAUUACCAUCACCCCUGCGGAGUUUAACCACAGCAGCUUGGCCUCCCAGAAUGAGGGUAUGGAUGACACCAGCUCAGCAUCUUCCAGGAACUCCUUGGGAGAAGGCCAACAGCCAAAGUCACACCUCAAGGAGGAAGACCCAGAGGAACCCAGAAAACCUGCCUCAGCCCCGUCUGAGGCUUGCCGCCGACAGUCCUCAGGUGCUGGGGCUGAGCACCUGUUCCUUGAGAAUGAUGUUGCAGAGGCACUUCUGCAAGAGUCUGAGGAGGCCUCUGAGCUCAAGCCUGUGGAACUGGACACUAUGGAAGGAAACAUCACGAAGCAGCUGGUCAAGAGGCUCACAUCUGCAGAGGUGCCAGUGGCCACAGACAGGCUGCUCUCUGAGGGCUCUGUUGGUGGAGAAUCCGAAGGUUGCAGAUCCUUUCUAGAUGGAAGCUUAGAGGAUGCUUUUAAUGGGCUUUUCCUUGCAUUAGAACCACAUAAAGAGCAGUAUAAAGAGUUUCAGGAUCUGAACCAAGAAGUCAUGCAUUUGGAUGAUAUUCUAAAAUGCAAGCCAGCAGUAAGCCGCAGCAGGUCUUCCAGUUUAAGUCUUACAGUUGAAAGUGCUUUAGAGAGCUUUGAUUUCCUGAACACCUCUGAUUUUGACGAGGAGGAAGAUGGUGAUGAGGUUUGUAAUGUUGGCGGAGGUGCUGACUCAGUAUUUUCAGACACUGAGACUGAGAAACACAGUUACAGGUCGGUUCACCCAGAAGCCAGGGGGCAUCUCAGUGAAGCGCUCACUGAAGACACAGGAGUUGGGACCAGUGUGGCAGGAAGUCCUCUCCCACUGACCACAGGCAACGAGAGCCUGGACAUCACCAUCGUCAGGCACCUCCAGUACUGCACCCAACUCGUGCAGCAAAUUGUUUUCUCAAGCAAAACCCCAUUUGUGGCAAGAAGUCUCUUAGAGAAGCUUUCUAGGCAGAUCCAAGUGAUGGAAAAACUCGCAGCUGUCAGUGAUGAGAACAUAGGAAAUAUCAGUUCUGUUGUGGAAGCCAUACCAGAAUUUCACAAAAAGCUGUCUUUGCUGUCAUUCUGGACCAAGUGCUGCAGCCCUGUUGGCGUCUACCACAGCCCAGCAGACAGAGUGAUUAAGCAGCUGGAGACCAGCUUUGCCAGAACUGUCAACAAAGAAUAUCCAGGACUUGCAGACCCAGUGUUUCGAACCCUGGUGUCCCAAAUUCUGGACCGGGCUGAGCCUCUGCUUUCCUCCAGCCUGUCCUCGGAAGUCGUCACUGUUUUCCAGUAUUACAGUUACUUCACCAGCCACGGCGUCAGUGACCUAGAGAGUUACCUGAGCCAGCUGGCCAGGCAAGUUUCCAUGGUUCAGACUCUGCAAUCACUAAGAAAUGAAAAACUGCUACAAACCAUGAGUGACCUUGCUCCCAGCAACCUCCUGGCUCAGCAGGAAGUACUCAGGACUCUGGCUCUGCUAUUAACCAGAGAGGACAAUGAAGUUAGUGAGGCUGUGACGCUUUACUUGGCAGCAGCCUCCAAAAAUCAGCAUUUCAGGGAAAAGGCCUUGCUCUAUUACUGUGAAGCACUAACAAAGACAAACCUCCAGCUCCAGAAAGCAGCUUGCCUGGCCCUGAAAAUCCUUGAGGCUACUGAAAGCAUUAAAAUGCUGGUGACAUUGUGUCAAUCUGAUACUGAAGAAAUCAGAAAUGUGGCCUCAGAAACCCUCUUGUCUCUGGGAGAAGAUGGGCGGCUGGCAUAUGAACAAUUGGAUAAAUUUCCUCGAGACUGUGUUAAAGUCGGAGGUCGUCAUGGAACUGAAGUUGCCACAGCCUUUUAAUUACAGGUUAACUGCCUAACAGCUGUCUUAAUAUCUGGCCCUUUUCAUCAAGAUGGUGCUGUGGUUUGGGCUGGAAAUUGUUUAGAGCCUGAGAGACACGACAACUGAAAUAAAAAUGUAGGCCGGGUGCAGUGGCUCAUGCCUGUAAUCCCAGUACUUUGGGAGGCCAACGCAGGAGAAUUGCUUAAGCCCAGGACGUUCAAGACCAACCUGAGCAACAUAGCAAGGCCCUGUCUCUACAAAAAAAAUAGUUUAAUUAGUCGGGCGUGGUGGCAUGCACCUGUAGUCCCAGCUACUUGGGAGGCUAAGGUGGGAGGAUUGCUUGAGCCCAGAAGAUUCAGGCUGCAGUGAGCCGUAAUUGCACCACUGCACUCCAGACUGGGUGACAGAGCAAAACCCUGUCUCAAAAAACAAAACAACAACAACAACAACAAAAACAUGUUAUAGAAAGAAUUCAGAGUCUCGUUUCACAGUACCUAUCUACUUUUCCUUUGGCCAAUAUAGAAUAGGGCUAUGGUAUAAUUCAAUAGAUUACAUCGUCGAUUGUGUCUGAUAAUACUCAGUGAAAGAGUCCAUCUUAUCUUAAUAUGUAUGAAAUUUAAAAAUAGCCAUCUUUGUACUUUUUUGCAAGUUUCUCUAUAAGCUUGAAAUAGUCAUGUGAUACUUCGACAAACAUCAUAUGCCUUGCAGUUUUUCUCGGUCGUGUUCUCAGGGUUGAGUAGUCCCCUUAGCUACCUAACUUUACUUUCAAUAGAAAGCACAGAAAAGAAUAUCUUCAAAUAAAAGUUUGCCUGCAGAACCUGGCAAAAUGACCCAUUUUGAGAGUUUAGAUGUUUUAAUUUUAUGUGCUCCCAGCUACUCCGGAGUCUGAGGUGGGAGGAUCACUUGAGGCAGAGGUCGCAGUAAGCUGAGAUUGCACCGCUGCACUCCAGCCCAUGUGACAGAGGAAUAAGAGCCCGUCUCAAAAAAAACAAAAACAAACAAACAAACAAAAAAAAAAAACUCCCACAGUUUAUUUUUUUUCUUUUCCCCAUCCUGAAAAUUCCAAAAUCAUGUGUCCAUUAUGGAAAAAAGAUAAGUAAAUGACUAAGAACUACCUUAAGAUUAUGCCUAUACACUUAAACAAAAAACUCAAAGCUUAUGCUUUUUUUUUAAAAUUAAUGAGAGCUAUUUUUUAUGAUAUUCUUACUGUAGGGGUAUUUUGCUGCUAAGACAAAUCAAAACCAAAACUGUUGAUUCACAAACCUGUGAUGCUCUUUGAGGUGGAGGAACCUAGAAGUCAGAGAAAUCCUAAUGGAGUAGGAAUGGAGGGACAUUUAAAGUGGUCCCUCCUUCUGUAAAAAUGACCAUGGGAUUAGAAAGAAGAAGGACAUCCUGAGGGGUGGUUACUGCCCCUAGGGAAAUCACUCACUGGUAGGAUUCCCUGGCCAAAUAGUUCAAACAUCAGGUCCCAUUAUUGCUUCAGUAUCAGAGAUGCAAGUUCAUUAAGCAAAGUACAAGACCAUUCAGUAGCUCUUAUUAAAAUAUCUUUUCUUCCUCUAAAGAGUGUACAAGGUGGGGUAUGCCAAGGUAUCAAAACAAUAUAUGUGAGUGUAAUUUAAACUGUGGAAUAUCAACUGUACUAUGGACGUGUUUGUGUCAUUUAGAUGUCAUUUUAAAUAUUUACAUUUUAGCAAGACUUUUAAAAAGGACUCAUUUCAUUUCAAAGUGCAAAUUGUUUGCCAGGCUUCUGGCAAAUGGUUCAACUGUGAAGUUAUAAUGUACAUAUCUGUAUAUUUAUAAAUAUUAUAUAUAUUCAUAUAUCCUUCACUUUAAAGGUACAUUGUACAGUCUGUAGUUAGUAGGUAUAGCCUAUAGCUUAUGUUAAAUGGUUGAAAUGGUUCUUUUUAUAGAAAGUCAAACACAGAUGUUACAGGAUUUUGUGUUUGGUUUGUCAUUUUUUUUAAUUUUUUUUUUGACUAUUGCAUGAGUAAUUAAUUCCAGAUCUUUUGUAUUCACUUCUGUAUUUUAUGUUUGGUUGAGGGGGUGCUUUCAGUUUUGUGGCAUUUGUAUUCAUUGAUCUUUCAGUCAUGUAAGUUAAAAUAAAAAUUAUUUUUGAAUUACUAGCAUCAUGUGCAGUCUGAUA